UGUUCAUCCCUCAGCAGCGACUGCAGCAUCUCGGUCCCUCCUGGAUACAUGAAGAAACCCCCUGCGCACGGCACCUCCCCCGCGACGAUGGGCCGCAAGCUCUUAACUACAUUGAUGUGUUGAUAUUAAGAUAUUUCAGUUAUCAAAUAUGAAUCAUGUAUUUGAUAUUUCUGCCCAAUCUGCUCGUCAGCAUUCUUUCGCCUUGGCUGCAUCCAUCUCUAGCGUCAUUCGUUUCUCAAGGAGUCGAGAACGAGGUUGAGAGGGACGCAGUGCCAGCACUGCUGAAGCAACAGGCAACUGCAGCACCUGCCACAGACAACACAACACACCAUGCAGUAGAGCACGUGAUCACCUACCCUUCUCGGCUGAUCUACUACCUUAAUGAGGACUCGGAGAGUACCCACCAUGACCUGGACACACGGGCUAAAAACCAAGCCACAGAGGGCCAGGCGGUCCACCUCGCCCAAGCCAGUUUCCAGUUAGAGGCCUUUGGCUCCAGAUUUGUUCUGGACCUAACAUUAAACAAUGACUUGUUGUCUUCAGAUUAUGUUGAGAUCCACUAUGAAGGGGGCAAGCCCGUUCUGUCAAAGGGUGGAGAGCACUGCUACUACCAUGGCCAGGUGAGGGGGAAACAUAAGUCCCAUGUGGCCAUUUCUACCUGCAACGGGCUGCACGGGAUGUUUGACGAUGGAGUCUAUGUAUAUCUAAUUGAGCCCUUACAACAGACUCAUUCAAUCGAUACAGCUGCAAGGCCCCACACAUUAAGAAGAACACCCACCCUUCAGUGGAACAACGAUCCAGAGGAACAGGUGGAGGAGGAGGAGAAGCUGCUCUCGGAGCUGGAUGACUUAUCCUGGCUCAAGCGCAGGAAAAAGCGAGCUAUGCCUCGCAAUAUAUUUGAAGAGAUGAAGUAUUUAGAGAUCAUGAUUGUCAACGACCACAGUAUGUACAAACGAUACAAGACCAAGCAGCACACUAGGAACUUUGCCAAGUCUGUCGUUAACCUUGUGGAUGCUAUCUUCAAAGAGCAUCUGCAUACGCGCGUGGUGCUUGUUGCUGUGGAGAUCUGGACGGACAAGGAUCAGAUCCCCAUCAGUGUGAAGCCACUGGAAAUGCUACGAGAUUUUGCCAAGUACCGGCAGCAAAGCAUCAAGCACCAUGCAGACGUUGUGCACCUCUUCUCAAAUGUGACCUUCCACUAUCGCAGAAGCAGCGUUGCAUACUUCGGGGGCAUGUGUUCAGUGAGCCGUGGAGUAGGGGUCAACGAGUAUGGCACCACCUGGUCCAUGGCAGUGUCUCUGUCCCAGAGCCUGGCACAGAACCUGGGGAUCCAGUGGGACCUGGCCUCCAAGAGAAAAGAGUGCGGCUGUGCUGAUUCCUGGGUGGGCUGCAUUAUGGAGGACACUGGAGUCCAACACCCACGGAGAUUCUCCAAAUGCAGCAUCUCAGACUACAAGGAGUUCCUUUUAAAGGGUGGAGGGUCAUGUCUAUUUAACAGGCCCACCAAGCUGUUUGAGGCAACAGAAUGUGGGAAUGGAUUUGUAGAGGUAGGAGAGGAAUGCGACUGUGGAGCAAGAGCCGAGUGCUACAAGGAAUGCUGCAAGAAGUGUUCCCUAGCCAAUGGGGCCCAUUGCAGUGAUGGUCCGUGCUGCAAUAACACCUGUCUGUUCUAUCCGCGGGGUUACAGUUGCCGAUAUGCUGUGAACGACUGUGAUAUCUCAGAGACUUGCUCUGGGGACUCUGGACAGUGCCCUCCCAAUCUCCAUAAACAAGAUGGUUACCUCUGCCACCUGAACCAGGGUCGCUGCUACAAUGGAGAGUGCAAGACUAGAGAAAACCAGUGUAAAUACAUCUGGGGGCCAAAGGCUGGAGGCUCAGAGAAGUUCUGCUAUGAGAAGCUAAAUACAGAGGGGACAGAGAAGGGCAACUGUGGAAAGGAUGGAGAGAAGUGGAUUCAGUGCACUAAACAUGAUGUGUUCUGUGGAUACCUUUUAUGUACUAACAUUGGACGUAACCCACGCAUUGGACUAAUGAAGGGAGAAAUUACUCCCACCUCCUUCAACCAUCAAGGCAGGCUGGUAGACUGCAGUGGUGGCCAUGUUCUUUUGGAUGAUGAGACUGACUUAGGCUACGUGGAGGAUGGGACUCCCUGUGGGCCGUCAAUGAUGUGCCUUGACCGCAAGUGUCUGCCCAUUCAGUCACUCAACAUGAGCACCUGCCCCAGUGGACCCAAUGGACAGGUGUGCUCUGCCCAUGGGGUGUGCAACAAUGAAGCCACAUGCACCUGUGAUACCACCUGGGCGGGGACAGACUGUAGCAUGCCUGACCCGCCUAAGGAGCCUGAGGCACCUGAGGACGAAGGACCUAAGGUGAGCGUGGCCACUAACAGGCUGAUAGGGGCAGUAGCAGGGACCAUUCUGGCCCUGGGGGUGAUUUUUGGAGGCACAGGGUGGGGAAUAGAAAAUGUGAAGAAGCGGCGAUAUGACCCCAACGCCGCAGCCAUUUAACCCCAGGAGAGAUGGCGAUCAGAGAGGGACUCCUCCAAGGCUUCCUUAGUUGGCUACUUGACAGCUGGACUGCACUUAUUGCUGCUGAUCUUUGGCAUUACAUUUACUUGAAAAAGACAUAGUGGACAUUUUAACAAAUUCCAUUGUAGUGGCAUAGACAUGCAGCCUUUUCAAAUCCAUCACCUCACCCACCUAACAACCCCACCCCACCCUGAUCUCUAGAGUGACAGAGCUCUUCUUCAAUCCUCUAGUGCCAGUGCACAGGCGUUCAGGCGGAAACCACACCACUCUCUCACCUGGCAUGAUUAUUCACACAAAGUGUGCUGCUCGCUGACCCUGGCAUGAAGAGCCCUCUAUUCAGGACUCUGCAUGGCUACGAAAGCUAUGAAUAUACCGCAAAAAAGCAAAUAAAAAUAAAGUGAGAAAAAAAAAUCAUCAAACAGAGGAGAUAGAAUCAUUAAAAAAAAACAAACCCAGUGGAAAAGCUCCUCUUAGUUCACUUUUAGGUGCUGUAGAUGGUAAGGAGUGAAGGAAGGCUGCAUGCAAGGACCCAUAGGGUCAGUGCAGACCACAUCUCAUUGACAAUACUCAGACACACACACAUGCACAUACACACACACACACACGCACACACAGGUGGCAAGAUUGUACAUAAAAGAGGAGAAAGAGGUCAGGUUUGGAAUUACAACAUAUCAUUUUACAAUAACAUCAGUUGCUUUUCUUUUUGUCUUAGCAUGUUGUAUAGCGGGUGUUUUUGGCAAUGUUAAUGAAAUACAACGCAAUUAUGAUUUGGGCCAAAAUGCUACAAAUAACAUGAUGGUAUAAUACUCACUCUACUAGGUGUUCAGCAAAGUACUGUAAUCACACACUACAUAGCCUACUGUAAUUGUCUAGGUAGAGGUCAAAGGUCGGAUAUGGUUGAAGGGAUGGAGCAGCAGGUGUAAAGGAGUAGGAUGUCAGUUUGAGAGGUUCACGCACAGCGACCACACAGACAGAGAUUAGAUCAGAAUAAUGUCCUAAGGAUCCCUUAAGUACUUUUCAGAAGUGACUCAAAAGCCAAAGAACCAAUCACCUGAACAUAUGGAUGUUGUUGCACACAGAGCACUUUCCCCUCUGUCUGCAUCCAGUGGUGCCUCUCCGAGUGCUGAAGGCAUACAGUCUGUCCAUGCAGGCUCUCACCUGUCCAUCAGGUCUCACUUAACAGUCCUCAUGAACACCCACUAUACUGGCUUGGCCUUGUGCUCUCAUAAACUCUUACUAGAAAUCAAGUUCAGCUCUACUGGUACGCUGCAUGCAAUCACUAUAGUGGGCUUAUAAUUCUAUAUGGGAGUCCCCAAAAUCCGCAAGAAAAAUACGCUACAAAAGAUAGGUGCAUGUCAACAACAAAACAUUUAACUUUUAUUUACUAUGCAAAGAGAGAUAUUGCACAAAAGUAUGGGUUAAUAAUGAUAACAAUAUAAAUAUGGAAAUACAGAACCUCUGCUAAUCAGCUAAUCUUUUGUAUUUGGCCACUCCCACCUCUCCUUUCAUUUAGCUUCAAAGUACUCAAACUAGGAACGGACUUAAAACAGAAGUGAAUUCAUAUUUCCAAUGAGAAAGUGAAGAGAGCAUCCUUUUACAUUUGUGAAAAUGAAAAUCAUUUUUGUGUGUUUUUCAUCCAAUCUGACAUUUUUAAUCACACACACACUCUGUACAGUGCCUGUACAUACUGAGGCCUGAACAGUUUCCUUGUGCAGGGCUACUAUUUCCAGUCCAGCUGAUGGUUGGUGUGUUCCUGGUGCUGCCAUAGCACUGGCAUUGUGUAAUCCUCAAUGUUGUCAUCAUCACUUGUCCCUCUCUCACUGCAUCAUGUACAGUUGGACCGAUGAAUAAACUACAGACAUAUUUUA